UGACAGCUGCAGAGGAGGAGCAUCCGAUGAGGAAGUGCUCGGGCACCGCGUGGCUAGUCUGUCAGAUGUAAACAAAGCCGUAGUUCUUUGGAUUAAGCCUAAAAUAAAACUUAACGCGACCAAAGUAUUGUGAGCUUCCAGGUUGCGCCACAAAAACGGGAACAUGAAGUUUUUGGAUCUUUUUGGUCGUCUAAAAUCAGUGGUUAUUGGAAUGAUCCAUGUUAAAGCCUUACCAGUUUUCUUGUCUGUCUCAGGCACCCCCCUGGGUUGUAUGAAAAUGUCCCAAAUCACUGAGGAAGCAUGCAGGGAGGCAGCAAUCUACCAAGAUGCAGGGAUUGAUGGUUUGAUCAUUGAGAACAUGCAUGAUAUUCCUUACUCAUUCUCCGUGGGCCCUGAGGUGUCUACCUGUAUGACUGCAGUAUGCACCGCUGUGAGAAGCAUCUGUCCACGCCUGCCGCUCGGAGUGCAAAUACUGUCUUCUGCAAAUCAGCAGGCACUGGCUGUAGCUCUGGCUUCAGGUCUGGAUUUCAUCAGGGCUGAGGGGUUUGUCUUUUCUCACGUGGCUGAUGAGGGUCUCCUGAAUGCCUGCGCUGGGGACUUACUGAGAUAUCGCAAGCAGAUUGGAGCUGAGCAUGUGCAGAUCUUCACCGACAUCAAAAAGAAGCACAGCUCCCAUGCCCUGACAUCAGAUGUGAGCAUUGAAGAGACGUCACGAGCGGCCGAGUUCUUCCUCUCAGAUGGACUCAUCAUCACAGGAACAGCCACUGGAGUACAGGCUGACCCGCGGGAGCUCAGAGAGGUUUCCCAGUCUGUGAGUAUCCCGGUGCUGAUAGGUUCUGGAGUGACCUAUGACAACAUUGAAUGCUACGUGGAUGCAAAUGGAAUGAUCAUCGGUUCUCAUUUCAAGGAGGGAGGCCACUGGGCCAAUGCAGUCGACCCAGAGCGAGUGAAACGGUUCAUGGGAAAGAUAGGUGACCUUCGAAAAUGAGAGUGAAGGUUUUCUGUCUCUCAGUGCCUUCAACAUGUUUAACUCCAAUGUCCAAUUACUGUCUGUAGUGCCACAUUAAACACACACAGCCACCACCUUAAGAAAACAAGAUUUUAAUUUUUUUUGUACAUUUUAUAAAUACACACAUAUAGAAAAACACAAUAUUCAACUGUAUUUACACUUGUUUAAAAUGGACAAUUUGUGUUACAUGAAAAAAGUGAGUACUCGCUGGAAAGUACAAAAUGGUAAACUCAAUACAAAACAUGAACAGUGGUUUUUGUAAUUAUUUCUUAAGCAGAAAAUUCACAGAUGUAUUUGCAGGACAUGGAUACUGUACAGAUCACUGCGGUAUGAAAUAUUAAUACAUUUGUCACAAGAACAUUUAAAGCCAAGGCACAUAAUGAAUACAACCAAAGAAUAACCGCUCAACAUGUGCCAUAAUUCAACUGCAUCAUAAUGAAUGAAAACAGAGCAAAAUAUUCUUAAGAUCUGACGUUUUCAUAUUUGGAUCAGUGUAACACAGUAACAACACCUUUAAAAUAACUUUCACACACCUCCAACUUCCUGUAAGUCCUAACCCUACUUACUAUAUCUAAUCAAUCUAAAUCACUCAACUGUUCUCAUUUGAUAAUGUACAAAGGCUUUUAUGUGACAGUAACUGCAUGUUACUACCUGAGGUCCCAAACUGAGGGACCAGCUGUGUCAUUCACGAUGUCAGGAGAUCAAGAUUCAUUGUUGUCAGUGGUUUCAGACGUGAGGGGUGCAGUGCAGGUUGCCUGUAUUAAAAUCAAAAUAAAAAGUUGCUGUGGUUCA